UAUCAGAUAAUUCUAUACACACUCUGUGAAGGUGGUGAAUUACAUUGUGCUGUGGUUAGCUUCGAGCAGAACCUGUAAAGAUAGCUGUUCGCCUGGCCUGGUGCCACAGCGACAAUGCCGAUCGGAGUAGCCGGAAAACGAAUUGGGCCUCAAAUCCAGUUCCCUAAAUCGCUUGGGCACCAGCGAAAAACUAGGAAGAUCAGGUACAAGUACUAUGCAAUUGCCCUGAGAGGAAAGGUGAGAACUGCUUACCGGAUCGGUCAGAUUGCAGUCAGGAGACAAAUGGUGAAAGCGACUUAUGCCAGGAAAGUCAAGAACCGUGAUAUGCGCCUGCUUGCCAUCAACAGGAUUACAGCGUCGCUGCGCGACCACAGUGUGGGUUAUCCACCGUUCAUGGACAGCUUAUCACGGCACAACAUAGUCCUCAACCGCUUCAUGCUAGCAGAACUUGCCAUAUCAGAGCCACGCACCUUUCGCGCGCUGUCGGAACUGUCCCUUGAACGUAGCACGGCCGGUCUCAACGACGCUGCCUUCUUUGACGGACACAAGCAGUCUCGCAUCAUUGUACAGGGAGAACGACCAGUGCGACCAAGGCUAAACCGAAACAAAGUGUGGGUAGAAGCGAAGAAGUAUGAAGGCAACCCCUUCUAUGACGACCGAAAUAGAAACAGGAAGAAGCCCGUCGCGCAUCGAACUUCCCGCGUGGGAAACUUUAACUACGCGCCACUCACAAGCGAGGUAUGAGACACUCUUUUGCUCCGCCUUGGUUUGUGCCUGCUGUUUUACAUAGUGCAUCUGUUGCUGUUGUACAUAAUGAAGGUUUCUGCAGGGUCUUCCUUCGUCCUCUAGGUACACCAAAUCCAUGCGUGUCGGUGUAAAUAUGUUAAUAUUGAAACUCGGAAAGUUGCUGUCUUUAUCAUUGGGACUAACUCUUGUUAUUAUUAUUAUUACAUGUUUGACUAUUGCUGUCAUUCUUGAUUGUUUCGCUAUUGAUUCAACUUUGUACAGAAUGAAUGAUGGUGUUUUUUUCAUACUACUAACAGUAACAUACUGUAGAUGAACUUAGAGUUAGUUGCACCAAGAAGCAUCAACUUCAUAUUGUAGAUGAUCUACAAUAGCAUGUUGUUCAGGA